UAUUAAUAGCAACAAUAACAAAUAAUCGACAUGCCGCGAACUAUAGCCGGAGUUCAAGAAGUCGGUGUGCCUGACAAUAUACUGGGAACAGAAGAUGACAGAGAGAUACAUGCAAUAAGAUCUCAGACCGACAUGGCCUCACAUUUCUACAGCGUGUUUAAUGUUAGGCUAAAGCAACAAGCCCAUCAAGUCAUUGGCGUGAAUCUUACGGCAGCGACUCCAUUGCCCCCAGCUCCGUUAGAGAUAGCCACCAAUAACAGAGCUCAUCGCACUAACCAGGUGAUAACGUCCAGAUUUACAACACAGAGCACAUAUACUGUUGCUACUGUGACAGUAAGCACUCCUAAUAUUGGAUCGAUAGAUUUAAUAUCCAAUACUACGAGCAAACAUGGACUUAUAAAAGGAUUGGUCAGGAAAAGUAAAAACUUCAAGCACCAACUUCCAGGAGGUGGUCCCAAAGUUAGCCAGCAAGCACAGCUUCAUCUUCGAGUCAAAGGCCCAAAUUCUGCUUGUGGAGGACAAACACUACCAAUUAGAGUUAACUGUGACAGACCUAAAGGGACAACCACAGAAGUAUGGAGCAGUAUCCAGUGUAAAAGAAAGGCUAAAGUACUAAGUAGCAGUGAACAAGACAAGAUGAAAAGGAGCUCAGUAUUGUGUCCACUUUGUCAACUCCUAGCUUCCAUGUAUCUAAUCAUGUUUCUGAACAAUAGUCUUUGAGCUACUGGCCCUUAACGAAAUGUUGGAACAAAAUGUUUAUGUAUACAAAUAUGUUAAAUUUAUCAAUGAAAUUUCAACCCCAUAUUUUUGUAAGUAUUGGAAGAUUAUUUUAAUGGAGAAAAUUUCUUUCAAAUUAUAACCAUUUUUAGGGUUUUUCUAAUGGUUCAGAUAGCAAUCAAAAAGCCAAAGCAUAAUAUCAGAAAAAGGGUUAUGUAAGAGUUAUCAUAUUAUGAAAUGAGAUAUCACAAACCUAUCCUAGUUUCAUUAUAAUAAAAUUGUUGUUUAUUAAGUCUCAGAAAAGAUUUUUGUUUUUAUAACAAGACAGUAUAUUUUGAAGUGAAAUAGAAUAUCCAAACUAAAAAAAAAAAUGCAAAAAAAAAAUACAAGGUCAGUUAUUAUAAGUAAUAAGAAGCUUGAGGAAGCAUGAACCAUGAGUUCAAAUUCAGGUUGUUCCCUUUUUAAAAAACAAACUUAUAAGCUUUGUUUCUUUUUUUAAAGUACUUUUUAUUUCUGGAUAAGAGAUAGCUCUUUGUUCUGACU